GAUGUAUGAAAUCCAAGAUCCCAAUUCACAAGUUUCCAUUGAAGGUCAAGGAGAAAAGUAUGAAAAUCAAGGGUACCCCAAUUUACAUGGAACUCAUUGGAGAGGUCCAAACUACUGAUUGUGAAGGAGGAAAUAUUUAAAAAUGGGGCUGUUGUGGAAGUCAGCAACGAUGAGAAAAGGCUACGAGGGUUCAUGGUUCAAGGCUAAAAUAAUUGAGUCUUUAGCUGAUGACAACUUUUGGGUCGAAUACAAAGACCUCGUAACCAAAGAUGAAGUUUCCCAACCAUUGAGAGAAAAAGCAGAGCGAAGACAUAUUAGGCCUGAGCCUCCUUUGGUUCCACCAGAAGACAAAUUUAAGUUUUCAGAGAAAGUGGAUGCAUGGUACAAUGAUGGCUGGUGGGAGGGUGAAAUUUCAAAGGUUUUACCUUUCUCGAGUUAUAAUGUAUACUUCAAACACACAAGGGAAGAGAUUACAUUCUCAUCUUCUCAUAUUUGCGGCCUCAUCGAGACUGGAUUAAAGGAAAGUGGUCUAUUCCUCCUGCUUCUCAUACCAUUCAUACUCAGAAACAGGUAUAUAGUUCAGCAACACUAAUGCAGAGAAGUCUGAACCCAA